AUGCCCAUCCUCGGCAUUGGUGUCGAUAUCCUGCACCUUCCGCGUCUCAUCAGUCUAUUGAAUCGAAGGAGAUCUGAAGCUUUUGCUACGAGAAUUUUAAGCUCCCAGGAAUUACGAACAUUCCAGUUGCUCGCAGGACAGCAUGGAGAAGACAAAACCGAAAAGACUGUACGGUUUUUGGGCGUGCGAUGGGCGGUGAAAGAAGCUGCGUACAAAGCCUUGUAUCCCAUCCGCCCUACCUGGAAGGAGAUCUCAUACUCGUCAUUCAAUGGAGCCACUGGCGCAAAACCAACGCUUGUUUACCAUCCCGUCCGCGACGAUGUUGGACCAGCGAAUAAAUUGCACGUCUCAGUAAGCCACGACGGAGACUACAUCUACGCACAGGUUAUCGCGGAGUCGACAUGA